AUGAAUUCGGCCGCCAUCCACUCGGCCAAACUCAUCGCCGAGUUUGAAAAGGAGCAAGAAGCUUCGCUCCCACCACCGCCACGCUAUCCGUCCGAGUUCCCCUUCGGUGCUCCGGCAGCCGGUCCGUUUGGCGGGGCGAGUGCGGCUAACUUCGGGAGCAACACCAUGACCAGCUUUGCAGACGCCCAAGCUGGCCACGCCACCGACGAUGGCGCGCCCAGCUACCAGCCACGCAGGCUGACCGACUACGACUACCCGGGCGGCUGGGGCGCACAGACGUUCAGCGGUGUGGGUGGGCUGACGCAGGACAGCGCCUCGCGCGUCGCCACGCUCCAGGCCAAGCUCAACCAGCGUCUGGGGCCCGAGUACCUCUCGCAACGCCCUGGGCCGGGGGGAAGCAAGAAGCUCACGUACAUCGAAGGCUGGAAGCUCGUCGACCUGGCCAACGAGGUGUUUGGCUUCAAUGGAUGGGCUACCACCAUCCAGAAGCUCGAGAUCGACUUUUUGGACUCGCCCGACGGCAUGCGCUGGAAUGCAGGCGUUACGUGUAUCGUGCGUGUCACGCUGCGCGAUGGCGCGUUCCACGAAGAUGUCGGGUACGGCAGCGCGGAUAACGCGCGCCAGAAACACGCAGCGAUUGAGAAGGGAAAGAAGGAGGCGGUGACCGAUGCGACCAAACGAGCACUCAAGAACUUUGGCAAGUUGCUGGGCAAUUGCACCUACGACCAUCAGUACUCGACCCAUGCACUCAAGGUUACGAAUCCACCGCCCAAGUUCGAUCCGGCAGAGCUGCAUCGUCGCCCGGAACUUAGGCCUCCGCCUCCACCGCAGCCGCAGCCACCACAGCCGCACGUGCAGACUGAGCAACCGCCGAGAAAGCUUCCGCCUGCUCCGGCACCUGCGUCGGCAACAAACACCACCGCCGAGCGCGCUGCAUCCACCACCAACGGCGCGGCGGAGGCUUGCACAGCUGCCGCGGCGCCUGCUGCUGUACGUCCUGUCGUGGUUGUCGCAGAGAACGCCAUGGACGACGCAUCGAAAGAUGCGGUGUCGGAGCGUCAGCAGCGGUCCAUGCUCGCGCGCCAGGCGUACCUCGAGCGCCAACAGGCGGAAGCACGCAAGCACGCCACGCCUGCCGCGCCGCGCGCCGAGAUCGCGCCGAGCUCCGACUCGUUCGACGACAAUCUGCUGGACGAGCUCGCGUACGACGAAUCAGCACUGGCCGAUGCCGAAGCCGCGUCGCACGCGCUCGAGAUGCAGAUCGACCAGCCGCGUCGAUCCGACGACUCUUCCUUCAUCGGUGCUGAUGAUAGCGGCGUGGCGUUUGCGGCCGAGCAGAGUACGGUGACGAUCAAGCUGGAAAAGGCGCGCGAGGUGGAGAUGCGCAGGUCGACGAGUCCGGUCAAGCAGGUCAAGACGGAUGCGGUGCUGCCGCGGCGCGCGGGGAGUGUGGGGCGGUUCGUCUCGCCUCCCCCCGCCCCCGCACCAAGAAUGCGCAAUGGAGCAACGAGCUUGUCUGCUGCAUCGUCGGCGGGUCGUGCAGCAGCGGCAGGUGGGCCGAGGAGGUUCGCUAGUGCGUUGGGUGCGGGCGUGGGCGUCGAGGGCACAGUGUCGCGCGAGGCGGGCAGAGCGAUGGGCGAGCUGGUCAACCAUGCCUAUGUGCCGCAAGAGGCGAGGGGCGUAAAGAGACCCAGCGAGGCACCCGCCGAACGAAGCGUCCCACCUGCCCCGCCGUCGGUCAACGCCACACGGCCGUCGUAA